AUGGGAUCUCUUAAGGAGUUUAUAACCUUCUUUUUCCUCUUCAUUAUUUUUUUCUUCUUUCUUUUUCCUCUUUUUCAUUUUCCUCCUCCUCUUCCUCUUUUCGUUCUUCUUUUUCUCCUUCUUCCUCCUCUUUUUCUUCUUCUUCCUCCUCUUUUUCUUCUUUCCUUUUCUUCUUUUUUUCAUUUUCUUUUUCUUCCUUUUUCUUUUUCCUCUUCUCUUCCUCUUUUUGUUCUUCUUUUUCUUCUUCUCCUCCUUCUUCCUCUUUUUCUUCUUUCCUUUUCUUCCUCUUUUUCUUCUUUUUCUUUUUCUUCCUCUUUUUUCUUCUUCUACCUCCUCCUUUUCUUCUUCUUCCUCUUUUUCUGCUUUUUAUUUUUUCUUCUUUCACUUCUGCCUCUUUUCUCUCUUUUUUCUUCUCUUUUUUUUCUUUUUCUAUUUCUUCUUCCUCCUUUCUUUUUCUUCUUCUAA